ACCCAGCAAAUAUGGGACUGAUAUGCGAUCAUAGGCAGUAUAGAGAUUACAAAACUUCCGAAUCUAUGAAAUUAUUUUUAACGAACAUUCUUUUAACUUUUUUUCAUUUUUCUUCCGGAUGCCUUUCGAAAAAAUGCAGGAAAUAAACAAACAACAACUGCCAUUUCAAAUUAAUAGUGAACUGUCGGAUGAAUUUUGACAGGUAAAUGAACCAAAACAACUUGUAUUUUCAUGGUCACUAAUAUUACAAGUGCUAAUAAUAUUAGUGGAAAAUCGAGCCUUUAUGCAACACAAAUUAUUAGCACUUGUAAUAUUAGUACUUGUAACUUGUAGCUUGUAGCUAAUAUAGCGCAUUUAGUUCACCACUGGACUAUCGCACUAGUUUUCACGAGUGCGAAAACGCUAAUAAAAGUGCGCGAUUGCAUCAAAUCAACUCGGUGUCUUCAGAGCACUUGUUCUCCAUAGAUUGAAGAAAUAGUGCGCCAAAGACAUCAACCUGAUGUGAUGCAAUCGCGCACUUUUAUUUACGUUUUCGCACUUAUGAAGUCGCAGUUCGCAGUCCAGUAGUGAACUAAAUGCGGUAUAUUAUUAGCCCGAUUAUGCUACAGGGCCUAGCAGUCCAUCCAGCAAAAUAUUUGUUGCUGAACUCUCGUUAUGACAGCUUGCUUUGCUGGUCGUUCAGCAUUUUAGUCCGAGCUGGAGCCUGGCCAAUUUUGUUGUUUUUUUUUUCUUUUCAAUAAAAGUAUUGAUCAGAAAUAUUAAUUCCAAGUUGAUUUUCGGUAGCCAGGCCAGCGGUGAGAUGCUAGGAAGGCCUUCUAUGGAUGUGGCGCAUUCCACUUGAAUUACAAUCCAGGGGAAAAUUUCAACUUUCUCGAAGAAACUUCCAUGUCCUCCUGCUUGCUUUGUGUUGGAGACAGAUGCGCGCGAAAUGUGCCCGUAAAAACAUUAAGUGUUUGACAACUUUUUUGCUGAUGUUUCAGCAAUUUUUAAUUAAGCUGGCUUUUCAGUUAUUGUUACUGAAUUUUCGGCAAACUAUAGUUUGCUGAUACCAUUUCAGCUAUUCAUUUUGCUGGACGAAAAAAUCGAAAAUUGGUGUGUAAUGAAUUGAGUUUGUUGUUUCGCGUUUUUUUAUGCUUGCUAAUGUUCAACUUCUCAGCAGGAACAAACUCAUUUUUUGUCAUAGAUACUAGGGUUCCAAUUAAAAAAAAAACAACUGAUCAAAAAGUAAUCUAAUGGAUUCCAAUUCGUAAAAACACGCUUCGCUAAGAGAUCCAAGACCUGAACUAGACUGCACUAUAGAUCUAUCGAUAAAAGUGGCCAUGACGACCAAAUGUUUCCUCAGAGGUAUUUAAAGGCCUAUAGGAUGAUUUUAUAAAGCAAUAUCUUAGUCAUUGCCGACAACAUGAUUGGAAUUGCAGAAUAGCAGCUAGUAGCAGCCAAAUUUGAUUUCAAUGCUUCCCAGGGAUCCUAAACUAAGACUUAGAAAUAGUCCCGAAGCGAAACUCAGCGAAACUUUUUUGUAUGGGACGGUUUGUAUGGGAAAAUUUUAAAUUUUUUGAUGUGGCAUCAUAUAUAUAAAAGCCCAGAGUUGUCUGUCCUUCCGUCACGCUUUGAAAUGUUUCAUUGAAAUUUUUCACCAUAGUUGGAUCGCUUUAGAAAUAAUAAAAAGAACUUUUUUGGAAUGAUCUGAAACAUCAAUAUUCUGAAAAUUCCAAGAACUUUCUGGAAGCUACUGAAAGCUCCAGAAGAAAAGCAGAAGAAGGUUCUGGAAUUUUCCGGAGUAUUGAAUUGAGACCUUCUAGAAGUUUCUGGACGCUCCAGAAAGAGAUGCAAUAAUAUGAAACUUCUUCUUCUUCUUCUUGGCAUAACGUCCAUGUCUUGGCUUCUUAGCUUGGGCCAAUUUUGUGGAAAUUACUGAAAGUUUCAGAAAAAAAAGAAGAACGUUCUGGAAUGUUCUGAAUUAUCAAACUACUUUAAUUUUCGAGAACUUUCCGGUAGUCUCUGGAAGUUCUCUUACCCUAGGAUCUCUUACCCUCAGCAUAAUUUUGCUUAAUACCCACGAGUUUAUUGCUCGGCUGUAUGCGCUACGAGCAUUAAUUCACGGUGACUGAAAUGAAAUGAAAAAUUCGCAGUUCCUGAGAAGCUUCUAGAAGUUUCUCACCAUUUCAGAGAUUAGAACCCUAUAACAGUUAAAGGUGUGUACUUGGAAGUAUACUUUCUGGCGUUUUUCAUUUCUGAAUGCAUACAUGAUAGUAUACCUUCUGGCGCUUCUGAUGAGUCCAUUGCUGAGUGAAAUGUUUCGCAUAUUUACAAUGGCUUCUGAGGAAACUUCUGGAAAUUGUUAUUCCAGAAUGCUCAAGAAUCUCCUUGAGGGAUGACCAUUUUCUAAAUUUAAAUUAAGGAGAUCAAAAACGGCAUAUGAAUCCAGGUGUUGUCUAUCUGUCCUCCCAUCAUGCUUAGCAAAGUUUGACUGAGAUAUUUUACGUAUAUUUCAGUGAGGCCAGCAUGAUAUGAUCUGAGUGUUCGGGAUUGAAGUCAAAUCGAAGUCGAAGAAUUGAAUUCGAAGAAACUCCUUUUCUAUCAGAACAUCAAUGUUAUUCGAGAGGUUUCUGUUUCAAAUAUGAAGACAUUUUUCUAACUUUCCUGGGUAAAAAGGAAGAAGCAGAAGAGAAGAACAGUAUUCUAGAACGAGAAGAAGAUAAAGAUACGCAUGUUUUUGGAAUAUUCUAGAACAUUCUCUGAUGCAGGAAAUGCUAAAAAUGAUCGUGAAUUUUCGAUAAAUAAUGGAAUAUUUAGAAGCUUUCUGUUUCUAAUUCUAAAAAAUUAGGAACAUUCCUGUGAGAAUCGGGAGAUGAAAUCGAAGAUUCAUGAACAUUCUAUAACAUUCUUCGUAGGAAUCAAACCAAUAACAUACAUGUUCAAGUAUUUUUCACAAAUAAUAGCAUAUUUAAAAACUUUCUGUUUAGAAUUCGGAGAAGUUUUUGGAGCCUUACAUCGCAAAGAGAUUAAGAAGAAGGAAAUUCUAGAACACUGGUUUCUGAAUUAAGUUGUAGAUAAGCAAAAAAUGCAUACCAACAUUUUUAAGCCAUCGUCAUAAUUCUCGGCAUUGUGAAAACGUGGCUAGCCACGUCGGGUCAGCUAGUCAUUUAAUAGUUUUACAAUCAACAUUUCUACGUCUGAUACGUCAUUCGAAAGGUUUACAAGCGAGCUUUUAGAAACUACUUUAAAAGUUUGACAUUUUUCAUUUAGGCCGAAGAUAUGCAAAGUUGAACAUUCCAUUAAUUUUACCAAAAAUUGGCAAUGGUCUCAUUCUGCUGCCAAUAUCUCGAUAAGUAUAGAAAUUAGCAAACUAAUAUUCUAGGGUUUACUGGUCCAAGUGGUCUAUUUCCAACUACCGAACCUUAAUCUCAUAUUGAAUAAAGUCAAUUUUUGAUUUUUGGCCACCUGAAUCCCCUUAGUGCGACGGCGGGACCACGAACGGUGGAUGACGGACGCUGAACGACGACUGGAUGCUGGCCGCGAUUUGCCUCUCGUCCUACUAACGUGCACCCGAUUCGCAAUUGCCAAAGCUCUAAAAAGAACUUGAUAACUCCUGAAUAACUCAAGCAAGCGCAAGCGGGUGGCAGCGUCACACGAGACAAGGCAGUAGCUGCAGCAGAUACGGCUCCGGCGGAGAACAGCAGACGGAUCACAACGGUGACCAAACAGCGACCGUGGAAUACUCCGGAACCAGCUUCGCCUUCGGAUUGGCAAUGAAACACUGUUUCUAUUCUUCCUCUCGAUAUAUUCACUUUAAAUUACAAAAAAGACUGAUCGCUCUCGCUCGUUACUGAGCUACUUUUAUAUCAUUGCACAAAAAAAAUGUGUUGGGUCAGGCUGCCCGUUGCUCCCGCCGACGGCUCGGCUCGAAAAGUGACGCUCGAUGUACGGCAGCAACAGAAGCCCUUUUUUGAUUAGUCGGUUCGCUGAUUGGUUGAUGAUGGUUCGCUAACACAGUGAUGCCAUUCGCACGGUCGUUACAGCGAACACGAGCUAUGUUCUAUUAGUUUUAGUACUACCGUAUUACCCCGCUUAUUCGACAACGAUUGGUGUCGAAUUACCAGGGUAAGCUUUUAAUUCGACACGCUUUUAAUUCUUUCUACGAUUGUUGCCUUCCGUAGUCCAUUACAGUAGAUCUCCAGGCGGUUUGGGUGUCGAAAAGCAUCAACUCAGAACUUCCGGAAGUAACGGCUGCAAGAGGAGCUGGUGCGGGUACGAGUAUAAGCGCAAAAGGUAUCGGAUUAUUUCGCAUUUACAGCGUACAUCGCUCUGAAAUUUGAACAUUUUGUAAUUCGACAAGUGUCUCCUGUUAGCCUAGUGGUUAAGGCUGUGGAUCGCCAAUCCGGAGACGGCGGGCUCAAUUCGCGUUCCGGUUGGGAAAAUUUUCUCGACACCCUGGGCAUAGCAUACAAGUACAAUGUCUCACAAUAUGCAAAUUCAUGCAAUGUCAGGCAAAGAAAGCCCUACAAUGAAUAACUGUGGAAGUGCUCUAAGAACACUAAGUUGAAGCGAUGCAGGCCAAGUCCCAGUGCACUAAGGGGAUUCAGGUGGAAAAAAAAAAUCAAAAAUUGACUUUAUUGAAUAUGAGAUUAAGGUUCGGUAAUUGGAAGUAGACCACUUGGAUCAGUAAACCCUAGAAUAUUAGUUUGCUAAUUUCUAUACUUAUCGAGAUACAGAAUGAGACCAUUGCCAAUUUUUGGUAAAAUUAAUGGAAUGUUCAACUUUGCAUAUCUUCGGCCUAAAUGAAAAAUGUCAAACUUUUAAAGUAGUUUCUAAAAGCUCGCUUGUAAACCUUUCGAAUGACGUAUCAGACGUAGAAAUGUUGAUUGUUAAACUAUUAAAUGAUGCCACAUCAAAAAAUUUAAAAUUUUCCCAUACAAACCGUUCCAUACAAAAAAAGUUUCGCUGAGUUUCGCUUCGGGACUAUUUCUAAGUCUUAGUUUAGGAUCCCUAGGAAGCAUUGAAAUCAAAUUUGGCUGCUACUAGCUGCUAUUCUGCAAUUCCAAUCAUGUUGUCGGCAAUGAUUGAGAUAUUGCUUUAUAAAAUCAUCCUAUUGGCCUUUAAAUACCUCUGAGGAAACAUUUGGUCGUCAUGGCCACUUUUAUCGGUAGAUCUAUAGUGCAGUCUAGUUCAGGUCUUGGAUCUCUUAGCGAAGCGUGUUUUUACGAAUUGGAAUCCAUUUUGUAAAAAGGAACAGAAAUCCUGAAACGCCUAAAAGUAUGCAAUGUCCUUGCAAUUUCAUGCUAUUUGAAACUGUCGUGUUGAAACAACCUGUUCAACAUGUUUUUCAUAUUUUUCAGGCAUAAACCCUACGAAUAGGAGCAAGACAUAAUAUAAAAAUGACGCGAAAAUAUGUUUGGCCACCUGUUUGUAUGGAGCCACCCCAUAGUGCGUCGUGGUCGUCCAGUCCGUUUUUCUUUGCCACUACCUGUGGCGUCAUGCAGAAGCCAGUUUCUGCUGCGCAAGCGGACCGCAGCCAGCGUCGUGUGCCGUCCAUCUUGAUUCCCUCCAACCCACGCGGUUGAGAUGGUGGCUAGUGCCAUCAUUUUGGUCCUUCAACCCCGGAUGAGACGAAGAGAAGCCGAAUCAGUGAAGUGAUAUAGUGAAAACGAACAUUGACUUUGGAAGAAGAAAAAAACUACAGUGCUAUCGAAGAAAAAUGAACAAAAGUGCCAACAACGAGGACAUGAAGUGAAGUGCUAUCGAAAAAGAAAGAAGAAGACAAAAAUAACCGUUUAUGAUGUCGCCGGUUGAUCGAACACCAAGCAAAACGAAAAUGGAUGAAGUGAAAACGCUUAUUCACCAGCGCGGCCAGGUGAAGGGGAAGGUGACAUCUAGUAAUCCUACAUUAUAGAGAUCUGCGGAGGCGGCCAUUGUGAGCCAAUCGUGCAGAGAGAACUGUCAAAGUGUGAGCCAAAUGAACAUGCUUAUCGUUCGUAGGAAGGCGUCGUUUGAAUGGUAUUGCAAUCGGAACUAAAUAAAUAAAAAUUAUUUAUUUUUAAUAUCGAGAAAUUGGCGGCAUAUGUAUGUUUAGUAAAAAGAUAAAAAUUUAUUAAUUCUGCUUUCAAAAGCUCAUGCUUAUGACGACACUUUUGUUGCUGAACUUGUCGAAAAAACUUCCAUUGCUGCUUCUUGCUUCACUUCUGCCGAUAUGAUAAGCGUAACACUUUUGCAUUGAAUUUCAGAUUUCUUCGAUUGCUCCGCUAUUUCAACAAAAAAUUGAAAAAAAAAUUCUACCAUAAUUAGAAAAUGUAAACAAAACAACUUGCACCACAACGAAGUCACGCAAAAAGUUUGAACAUCUAGCUUUGUGGUAAGUGUUGGAAGCUGUUGUAAACAAAACAAACAGCGUUGCCGAAUCGACGUAUGCAACUUCCGCUCAUCUCUAUGUAGAGGAUUUCUAGUGACAUCGAUCUUCAACGCCCUUGAGAAAGCCGAAGAUGACAAACAGGUGAGUCUCCCGUUACUCAAAGUUUACACCAAAAAGCUAGACGCUCACUUCCUCGAGUAUACUGCUCUGCACAAGGAAAUUUUGGGUUUGAUUCCCGAAAAUAAAGUUGAGCAACAAGAUGCUAAAUUGGACGAAUUUGACAAGCUUCAUACGGAGUGUAUGAUGCGUUGUCGGGCGUUGUUCGGAUUCCGAUGCAAUCAAAUUGCACCAUUUGGAAAAAUCUCUUGUUGGCUCUGCUGACAACGUCAUUGACUCGAGAACAUCAGCCGACAACAACUAUGCCCAUGCGUGGGAUAUACUCGAAGAGCGAUAUGAAAACCCCAGGGUCAUUGUGGACAUACAUAUUGGGGGGCUACUAUCGUUGAAAAAGAUGUGCAAAGAAUCUCACAAAGAGCUUAGGGAACUAGUUGGCACUUGUACCCGACACAUCGAAGGUUUGAAAUUCAUGGAGCAAUCGACCGACGGUACAGCCGGCCUGAUUGUGAAUAAAAUUUUGAUAUCUUGUCUCGAUCCAAACACUCGCAAGUUGUGAGAGCGAACUCUUGCCCAUAGAGAACUACCAGAUCUCGACGAUACUCUCAAAUUUCUGAAGGAACAAUGCCAAGUUCUUGAAAGGUGUGAAACUGAUCUUCCCGUUCCCUCGAAACAAGUACCAGCUAAAUCUGUGCAAUCCUCUACCAAGUGUCAAGGUGCACACCACUACACCAGAAACCACAUCCGUCUCUUGUUAGUUCUGCUCGAAAUCGCAUUUCAAUUAUCAGUGUCAGGAGUUCAGAAAACUGUCGAUUGUCGAUCGCGUAAGCAGGGUCCGUGAAGCCAAUCUUUGCUUCAACUGUCUGCGUCACGGGCAUCGGUCGAUCAAUUGUUCUUCGAAGAAAUCGUGUGCAAAGUGCAACAAGCAUCAUCAUUCUCUCCUCCAUGACGAUGGCUCUAAAUCUGAAAGCAACGUAAACGCAGAGUCUCCACAGGAUCGUCCCGCGGUAACACAGAAUGCGGUGCCGGUUUCGACACAACCAUCCAGUGAUGUUGUUCAGUCUGCCACUGUUUCCUCGUCGUGCUCGCUCUCCAAUCCAGCCGUAUUGCCGAAUGUUUUGCUUCUGACGGCAAAGGUGAAUCUCCUCGAUUGUCAUGGUCAGUUUGUGCCGUGUCGUGCUUUCCUGGAUUGCGGUGCGCAAGUCAACCUUUUGUCAGCAUCCAUGUAUGAGAGACUGGGUAUUCCAGGAAAGUCUGUGCAUGUCAAUCUUUUCGGUGUCAGUGACACACAAAGCAAAUCCAACCGUUUCGUUACAGUCAGUAUGCAUUCGAUGUACAGUGAUUUCCGUCUCAAUCUCAAUUUCCUGGUUACAUCAAAGAUCACCGGUCCUCUACCAAGCAGAUCUGUUGAUGUGUCUGAUUUGAGUAUUCAUUGUGGUUUACAACUGGCUGAUCCUGAAUUCCACCGCCCUUCUGAGGUUUGAUCUCCUCAUUGGAAAUCAACACUUCUUCAGCUUGCUGAAAACGGGUAGCGUAGCGAUUGCCGACGGUAGGCCGGAGUUACGGUUGGGUUACAUCUGGUGAAGUCGUUGCAAAUUCAGAUGCGGUCGUCGAUUGUCAGCAGGUUAAUUCAGUUUCGCUUGUUUCGCUUGACAGAAGCAUUAGACAGUUUUGGGAAGUCGAGGAGGUCGAAGUGAGGGUCGCUCGCUCUGAGCAAGAAGAGCAAUGUGAGGAGUCCUUUUGUCAGAACCAUCGUCGUGACAACAGUGGAAGAUACAUAGUCAAAAUGCCCAUGAAAGAGAACUUCGGUCAGCUGUCGAGCAAUCGAUCGUUGGCUCUCCGCCGGUUCCAUUUCCUGGAAAGGCGGCCAAACAAGGAUCCCGAUCUCCGCCUCCAGUAUUCAAACUUCAUUCGUGAGUAUGAAUCGCUGGGGCAUUGUAAGGAAGUGUUCGAGAUUGAUGAUGCACCUAAUAUGCUGAAGUAUUACAUGCCCCACCACGCCGUGCUCAGACCCGAUAGCUCGAGCACAAAACUACGAGUCAUCUUCGAUGCAUCGGCUAAGGAUUCCUCAUGUGUUUCACUCAAUGACGUGUUGCAAGUAGAUCCUACAGUUCAAAGCGACUUGAUCAGCAUUUUGUUAAGGUUUCGAAAAUAUCGUUUCGUCCUGACAGCGGACAUACAAAAGAUGUAUCGACAGGUUGUGGUCGAUCCGAGCCAAACUUCACUUCAACGAAUGUUUUGGCGCGAAACCCCUUCCGAAAGGCUAAGGGUUUUGGAAUUGUCUACUGUAACCUACGGAACAGCUACAGCUCAUUUCUUAGCGACGCGAUCCUUGGUUCAGCUGAUGAUGUAUUGACAGGAGCUGACUCCGUCGAAGAGGCUCAAGAAAUUCACCAACAAACAAAGGAGAUGUUAGAAUUAGGUGGAUUUCCCGUACAUAAAUGGUGUACAUACUAACCAUGAACCAAUCCUCCAAGAUGUUCCACUUCCUGAAAGAGAGACAUUUAUCCAGCUCGAUCAACUGUCAGCCAAUGAAGUAAUCAAGACACUGGGUCUUGUGUGGGACCCCCGUAACGACGAGUUCCUCUUCACGGUGAAUUCUGUGUCGAACCAAGUUCUACCAGUGACUAAGAGGACUAUGUUCUCAAAUAUCGCGAAACUAUUCGACCCGCUUGGGUUUCUGUCACCCGUUGUUGUGUUAGCAAAAAGGUUGAUUCAAGAUGCGUGGACUGCCGGGAUCAAAUGGGAUGACCCUUUGGAAGGUGUCCUACUAGAGUCUUGGUUAAAGUUCAGCAGUUCUCUCAUCGAUAUCAAUAAAGUCCGAAUUGCUCGUGCAGUAACUCUCCCCGAUCAUGUGGUUCUGGAGUUACAUGGCUUUUCGAUGCUUCCAAGAUGGCAUUUGGAGCUUGCAUUUAUGUGCGAAGCAUUCCGUAGCAGUUAAUCUUCUGUGCAGCAAAUCCAAAAUUGCCCCUGUGAAGGAGAUGACGAUACCGCGUGAAGAGCUUUGCGCUGCGGUGCUGCUCUCAAGACUGACUCUCAAAACCGUAUCCCCGUUGCAGGCUAGUUUCCGCACAGUUCAGCUCUGGACUGAUAGACAAAUUGUGCUCCAUUGGUUAAAAAAAUCUCCCUCUGAACUAAGAUCGUGCAGGAAAACUCUCACACGAACUGGAGCUACGUGCGUUCUAAGGAGAAUCCUGCCGACGUAAUUUCACGCGGCCAAAUGCCCAGCAUUCUUAACACCAAUGACAUGUGGUGGAACGGCCCUCCAUUCCUACGCUGUACUGACUUCCGUGUUCAAACUGUCGAGGACAUUCCUGAUUCCGAUCUCCCUGAUCUGAGGCCCGCAAACACAACCGUAAUGUCAGUUCUCAACAAUGACAAAUUGCCGUUGUUUACGAGGUUCGAGAGAGAUUUCUCCAGAAGUUCUUCUGUAGAUUCCUUUAGGAAUUCCUACAGGCAUCCUCCAGGAUAUCCUCCAGGGAUCCCUCCAAAACUUCUAACAAGAUUUUUUUUUCAGAGAUUCCUCCAAGAAACCUUCCAGGGUUUCCUCAAUGCAUUCCUUCAGGGCUUACUCCGGAGCAGCGAUGCCAGAUGAUUUUCUGUGUCACUCAUUCAAAAAUCUGUAUCCCAUACAAAAUUUUGGUGAAAAAUCUGUAUCCUAUACAAAUAAAAAAUCUGUAUUCCAUAUAAACGGAAUCUGUACUGAAGCUCAAAAAUCUGUAUAAUACAGAUAAAUCUGUAUAUAUGGUGUUACGCCGGGAUAGAAAGGGUGCGAUAGGUGAACGUGACCUUCAUGAUGUGCGAUGACAAGCAGUCUGUCAAUGACUGCCUAAACCGAGAGCGCAGACAUGUUAGAUGUGUAUAACUAAAAUUAUUGAAGUGAAUUGAAUACGAGAGAAUUUGUUGACUAGAUAUUCUAACUUAUUAGGCUGAAAAUAGAAGGUAGUACGUUAGUUCUUAGUAUAUAUUCACAUUUAAUUAAAUAUUUACUGCAGGCGUAUAAUUGUUGCUGGGAAAGCGACGCUAAAAUCCUCGGUUAACGAUAGCGAACGAGUUGAUAUUUACCGGUAUAUAUUGUAGGGAGAUUGGAUUGUUCGGAGGCUGGAUUGUGUAAUUGGAAGACUAAGUUUGUAAGUUAUGAAAAUGAAUUAUGUAUUAUGCCGCAAUUUGAAUUCAAUAUAUUUUUAGUUUUGAGUGUGUCGACCAACAAUACUCCAAGAACAGGUUUUCGAUAUGCUGCCCCGAACCAAAUAUACUAUAUUAACAAUAUAGGUCACUCUAACGAUUUUUUGGCGACACCUUUUUAGUGAAUGUGGCGCCACCAAGCGUCAGAAGAGGUACUACUACACACUAAAUGCAUGCGCUAUCCGAAUGACGUUUAUUCUGUCGAACUGUCAUUGUAUGGUGGGGAUGCCCAUUUCUUCUGAAAUAAUCGAUUAAACAUUAAUCGAUUUUUUUUCAACUACUCAAAUUAGAACAAAUUUUAUUCUCUCUUCUUGAACAACUUCUGGCGUGUAUUAUCGUCGCAGCACCAAAUCGAAGUCGCGACUCGUGCGACAUGCGAAGUUGCAGAUGAGAAGUAAAUUUGAACCGAUAAACGUUCAUAACAGACAAAAACACAGACGACCCAAAUCGAGCUUUCCGCUCGGCUUUCCGUUAGCGAGUUAUGAACGCUAUUUUCUCCGGAAAUUACACAAGAAUUUCCUUGUGGGAUCCCUUUAAGAAUGCACCCUGGAUUUUUUUUUCCUUGUUUUUUUUUUCUCUAAGAUUCCUCCUGAAGCUCUUGGGGGAUUCCUCCAAGAUUCCUCCCAGAAAUUAUUCUGGAAUUAUUUUAGGAACUCUUUUCGGGAUUGCUCAGGGAAAGCGUUGCAGCGUUCCUCCUUUAUCCCCCAACACUUUUUUUAUCUGGGAUUACAUAUCUCCAUGAAUAAAACGCAAUCAGUGAAGUACUAGAUUUGUAGUAUAAUUAUUUGUAUAAUGAGAAAGUUUUUUUUAUCUGUAUUAACGAGAUUUUUAGCCCUAGGCUAGUUCAUCUCGGGGAUAAUGAGAAAGUAAAUUCUCCGUUACUGCAAUAAAAUGGUAACUGCAAUAAUGGUAACAAAAAAGCAAGGGUUUUAUGACUGCUUGUGUGAUUUGAUGGUGUUUGAGCAAAACUUUGGGUAACUGUGUUGUUGUAUUCUCAUUUAAUGCAACUUCAACAACAUAUUUUCCUAAAGUUUUGCUCAAGCAGCAUUAAACUUGGCAUUAAACUAGGCUAAGAAUCAUAAUACCCAUGAGUUUGCACCGUUUCAAUGCAGAAACGGAGAGUUUAGCAUCUCACCAUACAAAAAAAAAACAACUCAUUACUACAAAUCUAGUAUUCACAUAUUUCUUCUGUGAAUCCCGGAAAAAAAAAUACUUCUGAAGACAUUUAAAAUUAAUGGAAAUCUCGGAAGGAAUCACAAAAAUAAUUUCUGGAAUAUUUUUGAUACUUCAAAGAGGUUCCCUCUGAAGGAAUCCUGGAAAGAUCGCUCGAAAAAUAUCAAUUAAAUUGUUCAUAUAAAAUCGCCCUGGAGAUUUACAAAGUCACUUCGGAAAUCUCUCCGAAAUUUCAAAAGAAAUUCCUUGAAAAAUCCCAGAAGACUCGGUGGAAAUCCUUAAAAGACGAAGUGAAUUCCAGAAGGAACUUUUGGAGGAAUACUGAUAGAAAUCCCGGUUGAAAUUCCCAGGAGGAAUUUUUGAAGGAAUUCUUGGAUAAAUCCAAACGUUCUUGGAAAAUUUUGUAGGAAUUCCAGAAGGAACUUCGGGGGGUAUUCGUAGAAAAAAACUCUUGAGGGAAUUGUUGAAGGAGCUGAGCUUCUGCAGGAAUCCAAGAAAAACUUCAAGAAACUCCUAUUAGGAAAUCCUAUAAGGAACUUCUUGACGAAUCCUAGAAGAGAAUUCUUGAGGAUUCCUAGAAUUGAUUCUUGAAGGAACAUCAGAAGAAAUUGCUGGAGUAAUUUCAGUAGGAACUCCUGGGGGUUCCUCGAAGGAAGCUCUGGAGAAAUUUAAGAAAAAAAAAACUUUGAAUCAAUCUCUGAAGACACUCAUGGAGGAAUUUCAAAAAGAGCUCCUGAAUGAAUCACAGAAAAAAAAACUAGAAGGAAACCAAGGGGAAUGACAUAUCCUUUUCUAAUCGGAAAAUCCGCAUAUAUUCGUUCCUAACCGUCGCUAACCGCUGCUAACUGAGCCGCAGGUGCAGUUAGACGCGAUUAACGACGGUUAGCAAUGGAUUUUUCCAGUUAGCAAAGGAAAAGAGAAAACUGAGAAGGAACUUCCGUUGGAAAAUCAGAAGGAAUUCAGAAAGGAAAGGAAUCUGAAGGAAUGCCUGACUAAAUUUAUGGAGGAUUAUCACUCUGCAGCAGGCGAAUUUGCUAGAAUAUUUUUACUAACUGAAGUUCACCCAGAAGCCCAUGACUGUAUAUUUAAAUAUAAUGAGCUUUGCAAGGAUUUCGCGACGAUCGUGUAAAUGUUCAAUCUAUGGCAGCACAAUGUUCACACAUCCAACAACAAAGGAUUAGUCCGGAAUGAAACAACCAGUAUUCGAAUAAACUCACAGUUCACAUCGGAAGAACAACGUAAUUAACACUUAUGUGGCCGGCAGGGUACCCGGGUACCUUUUUCAAUUUCAAAUCUCGACAUUUUAAUGGUUGUUGAGACUAGGAUGUUGGAACUUUGUUAGAUCUUAGAACUCGUGAAUAUACAUAUAUUAAUGGGGUUGACCGAAUUUUAAAGUAAGGAGGGGCAGGGGGAGGGGCUCCUGCAUUUUUUUAUUACGUGGAAGGCCGGCAGGGUACCCGGGUACCUACGAAAUUGAAAUGAUCAUAUCUCCGUCAAUUUUUCAUAGAUUUUGGAAAUUUUUAGCUCAUUCAACUCAGAAACUCAUCAUCUAUCGGGAAAAUAUUUGGUUAGACCGAUCUAAUCACCGUGGUUUUCGGAAAAUCCAUAUUUUUGGGAGCAUGUCCCAGUGUUUAUGGUCAACCAUGGCCCCACGAGAAGCGUGUUCCGAAAUCACAGUUUCAAAGUCAACACGUUUUAUGAUUCCAGGCCAGUCAGAUACGAUAUGCCAAAGCAAUUUUACGAUGCUUGGUACCGAAAUUGCUACUAACCUACCGAAAAUCCCGUAUAUUGUAUUGUAUAAAAACAUGGAUCCGUAAAUCCGGAUUUUCCGGUACCCAUGGUGAUCGGACCGGUCCAACCAAAUACGAUCUCGAUAGAUAAUGAGUUUCUGAGUUGAAUGAGGCAAAACUUUUAAAAUCGGUGGAAAAAUCGCUGAGAUAUGAUCAUUUCCAUUUCGUGGGUACCCGGGUACCCUGCCGACCUUCUACGGGUGUUUUUUUUGCUGGCCACACUACGGUUAAUCGAAAUUAAAUUUGACGGGUUCUAUUCUCAGGUCCGGUCCCGGAGCUCAUUUUUUUGUGAGCACGAAACGCUCAAACGUUGAAAUUUCGUACAUCUGUCCAUUAGCUUAUGCACCCUUGAAUUCAAUGUCUUGAACUCUGCCACAAGAAAUUUGACCUGCAUUUGGUAGGUGAUCUUCCGGAUUUUUGUAAGCUAUCCAAUCCGAUGUAUGUAUGUCAGCGUGCACAUUAAGAAAGAUGAUAUUAAAAGUCAUUGUCAAAGGAAAAUAGCAACCAUCAGGGCAAAAUAUAAAUUAAUUUUGAGGGUGAAAAUUUUAAAUUUCGAAGUGAAACGAUUUCGGUGAUGUUACAACGAGGGAGCAUUCAAUUUUUUCUACAGAUGUAUUUUAGUUCACCACAAAACCGUAAAUUACAGUGCGCAUUUGCAACAAAUCAACUCGGUGUGUUCAAAGCACUUAUUAAGCAUAAACCAAAGGAAUAGUGCGCUGGAUUUGAUGCAAUCGCGCACUUUUAUUAACGUUUUUGCACUUAUAAAGAUCGAGUGCGCAGUCCAGUGGUGAACUCAAUGCGCAAUAUUAUUUUGUUUGUGUAUAUUGUAAAUCGAUUAUUUAUUAAUCGAUUACAGUCAGGUCUUUUUUUACGCGGUUUUGAUUUACGCGGCCGCGUAAAUGAAAACUCCAUACAAAAAAAAAUUUCAUCGUCUUAUUUUUGCAUGAUUCGUCGAGAAAUGGUGAGACUUUUUUUACGCGGUUUUUCGAAUUUUGAACUGAGUUUUUUUUUUACGCGGUACGUAUCCCCCGCGUAAAAAAAACCUGACUGUAUUUAUUAAUCGAUUAUUUUGGAACAAAAAACUUUGACACCCCUAACAUCUUUUUUUCUGAAAUGUCACCUUGCACGGUAAACAAAAAUUGAUCAAAAUACAAUUAUUGACUUUUUCUGACAACAGGUGGUGCUGUAAUCAUUCGUAAGCGGCGUCUCCAUGUCGUUGUAUGUGAGAACACGAAGUGACCUAUAUUGUUAAUAUAGUAUAUUUGCCCGAACUCCUCCCAACAUUACUCAAAAAAACUUAUCACCAGAUGUUAGCUACCCGUGCUGUAACGAAGAUGAUCAGUACGAUGCAAUGGUGCAGUGCGGUCGGUGUAAAAGGUGGCACCACUUUUCAUGUGUCGGAGUGGACCAAAGUAUAGCGGAGCUUGUUUGGUACUGUCGUACGUGCCUCGGAGAGGACGUAUCCGCUCGUGAAUCGCUAGGCCAGCCUGGAGUCAGCCGUGUGCAGCCACCAGGGGCAGCCAGCGCUUGAAAAUUGAAGCGUUUUACCUCAGACGAAUUAAAAUUUGCUCUUCUUUGACCGGCGCUCUUCAACCCAAAGCGGUAGCAAUACGCCUUCAUUGGCUAACAUGCUUCAGAAGCAAGUGGGAGCGGGAGCAAUAAAAAAUAUGAGUGAGAGUGAGGAACGACGAUUCAGCGCCGUGCGGCUCUCUGAAUCUCUCUCUUCGCCGGUGUAUACGGCAAUGAAUAUACUUGAUUUUUAUCUCGUUAUUACAGUGCAAAAGACAUAAACUGGAAUUAAAUCGAUUAUAACAGUCACAUCCAUCAUUCUCUUAUGCAUAAAUUGAUUAUUUUUACAAGUUUUGAGCAAAAAAUAAAUCCACUGAAUCAUUUACGCAUCUUCAGCCUCACCGCAGCAAGCGAGAAAUAAUGGUUUCCAGUCAGUAUGAUUCACUAGCCAACCGACCGAUGAGGAAUAGUGGUCGCAGUUGGUUCGGUUUCUCUUUGCUCCCUGUGCGUGUUCGUUCGUAGUGAUGGUUGGCGCUGAUGACUGAUCGUACCAUUCAUAUUCACUGAAUUUCAAGCACUGGGGGCAGCUAAAAAGGGUAGUAUUAAGGGCUAUUCACACCAACGGGCCGGGACCGGGGCCAGGCCGCCGCCGGGGCCGGGGCUCGACGGGACUGUUUUCGCUUCGUUCUCACUGCAGACCGUGCUCACCGGGCUAGCGCAUGCGCACCAACAAUUUAUGUUGCGCGAACUCACGCACACUAUGAAGCGGUUGUCAUUUUUUUUUGUUUUUGCUUCUGCGCAGUGUCUCCCGAUGUGUUUUGAUGUGCAGUAACAAUGAUGCAGAAAGGGAAAUCAAGUGAAUACUGGCAGAACGUUUGUGCGAUUUCAGGCAAAUUCAUGUUUGGAUUCUACUGGAAGUUUUUUUGCAAUUCCUCCAGCGUUUGCUUGUGGGUUUCAUCCAGGACUUUCUUUUGUUAUUCCUACAGGAGUCUGGCAUUCCUCCAGCUCAUUUCGUGAUUUCUCUGAAAUUUCCCUGGGAUUUUUUCAGGUUUUUCCGGAAAUUACUGAAGGACUCAAGGGAAUUUCUCCAAAAAUACCUCCAUUUACACCUUCCAGGAAUACCUGCAGGGAUUCAUUUUGAAAAAAAAAAUCUCCACGGUGUCCACUCCAAAUUCUUCCAGGAAUUCCUCCAGAAAUUCAUCCCCGAAUUUAUACAGGAAUUGUCCAAGACAUUACAUCAGGAAUUCUUCCAGGGAUUUCUCCAGUUAAUAUUUGAAGAAAUUGUUCCAGGACUUUCUCCAGGAACUCAUACAAGGAUUUGCCUAGGAAUUCCUCUAAGGAUUCCUCCAGAAAUUUAUCCACGGUGUCCCACAGAAAUUCUUCCGGUUAUUUCUCCAUGAAUUCCUGCAGGUAUUAAUCCAGGAAUUCCUACAGCAAUUCCUCAUGGGAUUUCUCCAGAAACUCCUCCAGGGAUUUCUCUACGGAUUCCCCCAGGAAUUUCUAAAGAGGAUUCCUCCAGUGAUUCUUCCAUAAAUACAGCAACUACUCCAGGAAAUUCUCUAGAAUUCCUUCCAGAAUUUCCGCCAGAAUAUCAAAAAGAAAUUCUUCCAGGAAUUUCCCCAGUUCACAGAAUUCCUCUAGAGUUUUCUCCAGGGAUUCCUUCGAAAAUUCCUCCAGAAAAUACUUCAGGCACUCCUCCAAGAAUUACUUCAGGAUUUGCUCCAGAAAUUACUCCAGAUAUUCUAUCAGAAAUUACUUCAGAAAUUCUUCGAGCAGUUCUUUCAAUAAUUUCUCCGGGAAUUCCUCCAAGAAUACAUUCAGAAAUUUCAACAGGAAUUCUUACAGGAAGUCUUCCAAGAAAUACUUCAGAAAUUUCUUCAGGAAUUCUUCCAGGAAUUACUCCAGGAUGUCCUACAUAAAUUUCUCGAGGAAUUCCUCCAGAAAUUCUUCCAGGAAUAACUUCAGGAAUUCCUAUAGUAAUAAUCUCAGGAAUUUCUCCAGGAAUUCUUCCAAGAAUUACUCCAGAAAUUGCUCCAAGAAAUUCUUUAGAAAUUCCUCAAAAAAUCCUUCUUAAAAUUCCCCCAGGAAAUCAUCAAGAAAUUCCUCCAGGAAUUUCUCACAGAACUCCUCUGGAAAUUUCUCCAAAGAUUCCUUCAAAAAUUCAUCUAGGGAUUUCUCCAGUGAUUCCUCUAUAAACUCUUACAGCAAUUGCUCCAGGAAAUACUCCAGGAAUUCCUCCAGGGAUUUCUCCAGGAAUUCUUCCAGAAAUUCCGUCAGGAAUUCCUCCAAUUCCUUCCAAUCCUCCUUCCAUUCCUCCAAUCCUUCAGAAAUUCUUCCAGGAAGUCUUCCAGGGAAUACUCGAUGAAUUCCUUUAUAAAUUUCACUAAGAAUUCUUUUAGGAAAUUCUCCACAAAUCAAGGAAUUUCCCCGGAAUUACUCCAGGAAUUUCUCCAAUAAUUUUUUUUUGGGAUUGCUCCAAGAGCUCCUCCAGAGGUUUCUUCAGAAUUUUCUCAAGAAAUUUCUCCAGAUAACCUUCCAGAAAUUCCUACAGAAAUCCAUCCUGAAAUUCAUCCUGGAAUCUCUCCAGGAGUACCUCCAAGAAUUCCUCCAGGAUUUGCUCUAAGACUUACAUCAAGAAUUGCUAAAAGAAUCCCUCUAGAAAUCUUUCCAAAAAAUUGUGCAGAAAUUCCUCCAAGACUUCUGCCAAGAAUUCUUUCAGAAAUUUCUCCAAGGAUACUGUAAAGAACUUCUCUAGGAUUUUUUCCACGAAUUACUCCAGCAACAUCUAAAGACUUUUACCUAGAGUUCUUUAAAAAAAUUGCUCCAGGAAUUUCUUCAGGAAUUCCUCCAACAAAUCCUACAAGAAUUUUCCCAAGAAUUUCUGCAAGAAUCUCUCCAGGAAUUUCGCCAUAAAUUCUCCAAAGAAAUCUUAGAGGUAUUUCUCCGAAAUUUCUCAAAAUUUUCUCCAAGAAUUUAAAUUUAAAAAAGUUUCUCCAAGAAUUCCUACAUGAAUUCCUCUAAGCCCUUCGCCAAUAUGUCCUCCAACAAUCCCUUUAGGAAUUCUUCCAGGGAAUCUUUAAGAGAUUUUGCAAGAGAUUCCUUCAGGAAUAUCUCGAAAAAUUCCCCCAAAAACCUGCAGGAUAUCUUUCAGAGGCUCCUCCAAAAACUACUCCUGGCGUUAUUCCAAGGAUUCCUCCAGGCAUUUCUCCAAGAGCUCCUCCAGGAAAUCUUCCGGAAAUUUUCCAAGGAAUUCCAACAAAAAUUGCUACUCCAGCAAUUCCUUAAAAAUUUCUUCUAGGAAUUGCUGUAGGGAUUUUUCAAGAUUUUUUUUAAGAAUUCCUUAAUAAAUUCUUUCAUAAAUACCUACCCUUCAGGAAACCUCCAGAAAUUCUUAAAAAAAAACUAAUGGAAUAACCCCAAGUAAUCCUCCGAGAAUUGCUUCAGGAAUUUUCCAGGAAUUUGAUAUUCCUCGCCAAAAAAUCCUCCAGAAAUGAAUCCAGUAAUUCCUUUAUAAAUUCUUUAAGAAAUUACUUUAGAAAAUACUCAAGAAAUUCCAACAGGUGGCCCUCCAGUUAUUCCUUUAAUAAUAUCUUCAUUCCACCAAAUAUUCCACCAGGAUUUUUUUUAAUUUCCUUCAAGAACUCCUACAAGUAUAUUUUCAGAAACCUUUCCGAGACUUCUGUCAAGAAUUCAUCCAGGAAUUCUUCAAGGAAUUUCAUCAGAAAUUCAUCGUAGAAUGCUUACACCAUUUCUCCGAAAGUUCUUUCAAGAAUUCCUGCAGGAAAUCCUCCAAGACUUCAUCCAAGAAUUUUUUCACAAAUUUCUCCAGUUACCCAUAGAAAAAUUCUUUCGGAAAAUUCUACAGAGAAGACAGUUUUCUACAUGAAUUCUUCAAAUAAUUCCCACAGUAAUUCAUCCAGAAAGUCCUUCAGGAAUUAUUCCAGCAAUUCUUGCAAGAAUUCCUAAAUAAACUCUUCUAAGAAUUCCCCCAGGAAGUCCUCCAGAAAUUUCUGCAAGAAGCACUUCAGGAAUUGCUCUAGGAAUUACUCUAAAACUCCCCCAAGAAUUGCUCCUGGAUUUCCAUCAAGAUUUUCUCCAAAAACUCCUACACGAAUUCCCCGUUGCAUUACUCCAGGCACUGUUACACGACAUGUUCAAAAAAUUCUUCAUGGAAUCCCUUCAGGAAUUCUUCGAGGAAUUCUUCCAGAAAUUCCUCCAGGAAUUUUUCAAUAAUUUAUUUCGGGAAAUCUUCUAAGAAUCCUCCAAAAAUGCCUACAGAAAUUCCUCCAGGAAUUCCCCCAAGAAUUUCUUCGUGAAAUCCUCCAAGAAUUUCCAAUUCCUUCAAGACUUACACCAAGAAUUCCUCCACAAGUUCCUCCAAUCAUUCCUUCAAGAAUUCUUCCAAAACCUUCUCUAAUAAUGCCUCUAGGAAUUCUUUCGAGACUUCCGCCAAGAAUUCCUCCAAGAAUAUCUCUAGAAAUUUCUCCAAAAAUCCCCCAAAUUUUUUUUUCCAGGGGUCUUUGAAGAUUUUUUUUUCAGGAAUUCCUUCACGAAUUCCUCAGGAAAUUCUUCAUGAAUUCUACCAGAAACCUCCAGGAAAUCCUCCAAAAAUAACUGAUGCGAUUAUUCCAGUGAUUCCAGUGAUGCUCUAGGAAUUCCUCCAGGGAUUCUUCCAGAACUUCCUUCGGAGAUUCCUCCUGGAAUUUCUCGAAGAAUUCCUCUUGGGAUUUCUCCAGGAAUUUUUCCAGAAUUCUUGAAGGAAUUUUUAAUGAAGAUUCUUUAUGAAAUCCUGGAGUUAUUUCUAGAGUAGCUCCUGGAGUAAUUCCUGAAGUAAUUUCUGAAGAAAUUGCUGAAGUGUUUCCGAGAAGAAUUCUUGAAAGCUUUCCUAAAGGAAUCCUUUGGGGACAUUUCUAAAAUAAAUACGUGAGAAAUUCCUGGAAUUUCAGGAAAAAAUCCUGAGGGAAUUUCGGGGGAAUUUCUAGAGAUAUUCCUGAAGUAAUUCUUGGUGGAAUUCCAGAAGUAAUUCGUGAAAGAAUUCCGAAAUGAUUUAAAGAAUUGGAAAUAUCGUGGGAAUUCCUGCAGGAAUUCCUGGAUAGUUUCCGGGAGGAAUUCUUGAAGGCUUUCCUGGAGGAAUUCCUGGAUAAUUAUCGGGAGGAUUUCCUGGAGUAUUUCAUGGAGAAAUAUCUGCCGGAAUCGCUGGGGUAGAUCCUGGAGGAAUACCUGGAGAAAUCCCUAGAGUAUUUCCUGGAGGAAUUUCUAGAGUAUUUCCUGGAAAACUUCUGGGAGAAUUUCUGAAGGAAUUACUCACGGAAUUCCUCCAGAUAAUUACCCAGGAAUUUCUCCAGAAAUUUCUACAAUAUUUCUUCCUGGAAUUACUCCAGGAAUUCUUUAAAAAAAAUCCUCCUGGAAUUCUGUAUCCUUUAGAAAUACCCCAAGGAAGUCUAAUAAUGCCUCUAAAAAUUCUUCAAAUCAUUUAGGAAUUCCUUCACGAAGUACUUCAAGAACUCCACCAGGAAUUACUUCAGGAAUAUCUUCAGGAAUUCCCCCUGAAAUUUCUCCAGGUCUGCUUCCUGAAAUUCCCCCAAGAAUUUCUAAAGGAUUUCUUUUAGAAAUUUCUCCAAAGAAUUCCUCCAGGAAAGCCUUUUGGAAUUCUUCUCGGAAACACUCCAGCAAAUUACUACAAGAAUUAUCCAGAAGCUACUCUAGAAAUAACUCUUCCUCAAGAAAUUCUAUCAAGCAUUCCUUCAGAUAGUACUCCAGCAAUUCCUUUAGAAAUAACUUGAGAAAUUUCUACCGGAAUUAUCUCAGGUACAGGAAUUUCUUAAAGAAUUAGUUCAUGGAUUCCUCUAAGAAGCACUUCAGAAACUUUUCAAGGAAUAACUCCAGGAAUUCCGUUAGAAUUCACUCCAUGAAUUUCUCUAAGAAUUCCUCCAGGGAUUCCUCCAGAGAUUCCUUCGGGGAUUACGCACUGGAAGAAUCCCUGCAGGGUUUCUUUAAGGAAUCCUUGGAGGAUGUACUUCUGUAUUUCUGAAGAAAUAGCUAGAAGAAGUCCUGUAAGAAUCUCAGGAUGAAUCCCUGGAAAAAUUCCUGGAGAAAUCCUAAGAAGCAACGAAAACACCCAGAAAAUGCAACUGAAGUGGAUCCUGGGCGGCUCCUCUAUUUGUCAUUGACGAGUUAGAUUAACCACUAUGGUGGCACCGGUCAAACCGGGCUCAGCUUUCUUAUGUUCAUAUUUUCAGCUGCUUGGAGAUAUACACAAUCGUUACCCAUUUUCCUCUCGAGACAAAACAGGAGCGGUGAAAAUAAUCUGAUAAGUUCACAUGUUUGGGCGUUUAAAUAAAAGAAAAGUUUGAAGUGUCACCAAUCUCACAACACAACACCGUGAAUACUGACGGACUAGCAAAACAAUCAACAUGCAUGCCUUAUGAUUAAACGUUGCGGUUACAAUUAUUCAAACAUUGCAUUGAUCAGCUUCAAUGUUUAUGAAGCCAAUUUGUUGAAUAACAUAUUUAAGCAAUGCUUAAGCAGCAUAUGUACGGUAAUGUAUUCGACUCAGGGAUUGAAUAUUUAUAUACUACUUUAAAUAUGCCGAUUCAUGUAAUUCGGAUUCAAGCAGAGCAGAUGCAGACGAGUGUGAAUCCAAAGGUCCAGAGUUCGAGUCUUUCAAUUGAUGGGAUUUGUUUCAUAAAAAUGUAAUAAAAUGGAGAGGUUGUGGCUAUAUGAUCAGAAAAGAGAGAUAUUCCAGAUUAAAUACAAAUGCAGAAAUGUAGAAAGUUAAACCAUUUUUGCAAUUUUAUUGUUACAAUUUUAAGAAACAUUUAAGAAACGUUUUCGUAGCAAUUGUAAAACCAUAUCUAUUAAUAGAAAUAAAUUUCGUGAGGUGUACCACGGCCCCACUAUGUUUUGAUUAUAUUAUGGUGGAAUGAAUGUCGAAAAAAGCUUGUUAUUACGCAAUAUGCUGCUAAUGCAGAAUAAUGGUUUCUAAAACCAUUCUCAAACGAUUAAACAAAUAGCGUCAUAUAACAUUGUUUAUUAAACGUUGAAGAAAAAUUUAUGAUGGUUGUGUAAAUAGCUGAUGGUUCUAACGUUGAACAAGUGUUUUACAACCGAUGUACGGUCAUUGGAUAAACAUUCUUUUCAUCGUGCUUAUAGAACGGUUGAUGUUGAAUAGAUUCUUGAAAAAUUUCUGUAGGAAUUUGUGAAGCAAUUUCAAGAGAAUUUCUUACAGGAAUUUCAGGAGAAAUUAUUAGAGACAUUCCUUUGGAAAUGGUUAUAGAAAUUGUGGGAGAACUUCUUGAAAAAAAAGCUGUAGAAAUUCUUGGAAAAAUUCUUGGGGAAAUUCUUGGAGAAAUACAUGGAGAACUUUUAGGAAAAAUUCUGAAAGAAUUCUCGGAGCAAUUUCAGGAAGAAAUCUUGGAGGGAUUCUUGAAGGAAUGCCUGGUUAAAUUUCUGAAGUAAACUUUAGAGAAAUUCAUGUAGGAAUCUCUGAAGCAAUUUCUAGAGGAAUAUCGGGGGGAAUUCAUGGAAGAAUUCCUGAAGGAAUUCUUGGAAGAGUUUCAGCAAGAAUACCAGACGGAAAGAGUUCCAGGAGGAAUUUCCGAAAAAAAAUCCUGGUGAAAUUGCUGGAGGAAUUCCGGGAGAAAUUCUUGGAGAAACUCCAGGAGGAAAACCUUGAGGAAUUCUUGGAGAAAUUCCUGGGAUUUUUUUUAGAGGUUUUCUUAGGGAAAUUAUUUGAUUUUAAAGAAAUUCUUUGAAGAACUCCUAAAAGAAUUCCUGAAAGAGUUUCUUGAGUUAUUUUAGACGGAAAUUCUGGAAAACUUCUUUAUUCUCCUAGAAAUUCUUGGUGGAAUUCUUGCAGGAAUUUCUAUUAGAUUUUUUUGCAGGAAUUCCUGGAGAAAUUACUGAAUUCCAUAGAGAAAUUGCUGAAGAAAUUCUUUGAAAAAUUCCUGCGGAAAUUCUUCGAGAACAUCAUGGAGAAAUUCAUCGAAAAAUUCUGGAGGAAUUCUUGGAGAAAAUCCCAGAAUCAAUUGUUGGAAAAAUCUUUGAAGGAAUUCUUUGAGGAAUUCCUGGAGGAAUCCCUCGUGGAAUUUCUGGAUGAAUUCCUGGAGGAAUCCUUAGAGGACGUUUUGGAAGAAUCCCUGGAGAAAUUUUUGGAGGAAUCUUUGGAGAAAUUUCGUGGUGAAUCUUUGGUGGAACCCUUGAAGAAUUCCUUGGAGAAUCUCUGGAGGAGCCCUAGAGGAAUUACUGGUGGGCCUGGAGAAAUCAUUGGGUACAACCUCUGAAAGAAUUCCUGGAUGAAUUUCUACCAAAACACCUCGAGAAAUAAAUGAAGGAAUUUUUGAAGGUAUUUCUGGAGGAAAACUUUGAGGAAUACUGUAACAUUUUCUGGUAGAAUUUCUGGAGGAUUUUCUUGGAGAAAUUCCUGGGAAAAUAUUGGAAAAUUUUUAGGAGAAAAUCCUCGAGGAGCUCUUGGUGGAAAUUCUCAAUAAAUUCUUCAAAGAAUUACUGGUGCAAUUCUUGGAGAAAUCUCUUUGAGGAAUUUCUUGAAGAAAUCCUGAAAGAACUCUAGGAGGAAAUCCUGGAAGAGUUUUUGGAUUAUUUUUUACAGGAAUUACUGAAAGAUUUCUUGGUAUAAAGGCUAAAGAAAUUUUCGAGGAUUUAUUGGGAUAUUUUUGGAGAAAUUUAGGAAAAAAAUUCUGGAGAUGUCCCUGAAAUGAUUUCUGGGGGAAUUUCUAGAAGAAUCUUUGAAGAAAUCUCUCGAGUAAAUUUUUAAGAAAUUUCUGAAGCAUGUACAAAUUUCUGGAGGUGUUCGUGGAGAAAUUCCAAGAGAAAUUUUAGGAGGUACAGUUAGAGAAAUUAUAGGAGGAAUACUUGCAGUAAUUUCUGAAAGAGUUUUUGGAGUAACUUCUUUAACCGUAGUGUGGCCAGCAAAAAAAAACACCCGUAGAAGGCCGGCAGGGUACCCGGGUACCCACGCAAUGGAAAUGAUCAUAUCUCAGCGAUUUUUACACCGAUUUUAAAAGUUUUUGUCUCAUUCAACUCAGAAACUCAUUAUCUAUCGAGAUCGUAUUUGGUUAGACCGGUCCGAUCACCAUAGGUACCGGAAAAUCCGGAUUUCCGGAUCCGUGUUUUUAUACAAUAGAAUAUACGGGAUUUUCGGUAGGUUAGUAGCAAUUUCGGUACCAAGCAUCGUAAAAUUGCUUUGGCAUAUUGUAUCUGACCGGCGGGGAAUCAUAAAACGUGUUGACUUUGAAACUGUGAUUUCGGAACACGCUUCCCGUGAGGCCAUGGUUGACCAUAAACACUUUAAGGUAUCCUAGCCUUAACAAUGUGGGUUUCAAUAUGGUAUAAGGACAUGCUCCCAAAAAUAUGGAUUUUCCGAAAACCACGGUGAUUAGAUCGGUCUAACCAAAUAUUUUCCCGAUAGAUGAUGAGUUUCUGAAUUGAAUGAGCUAAAAAUUUCCAAAAUCGAUGAAAAAUUGACGGAGAUAUGAUCAUUUCAAUUUCGUGGGUACCCGGGUACCCUGCCGGCCUUCCACGUAAUAAAAAAAUGCAGGAGCCCCUCCCCCUGCCCCUCCUCACUUUAAAAUUUGGUCAACCCCAGUAAUAGAUGUAUAUUCACGAGUUAUAAGAUCUAACAGAGUUCCAACAUCCCAGUCUCAAUAACCAUUAAAAUAUCGAGAUUUGAAAUUGAAAAAGGUACCCGGGUACCCUGCCGGCCACAGUGUUAAUAAUUCCUUGAAAAAUGUUGAAUAAAUUCCUGGAGAACGUCACGCAAAGAAUCUAAAGAAAUUCUUGGAAUAGAUCGUGCGAAAAUAUUUCGAUAAAUUCCUGGAGCAAUUCUCGGAAAAAUUCUGAAGAAAUUCAUUAGGAAAUUUUUGGAGGAACUCCUGAAAGAAUUCUUGCAGGAAUUCCUGCAAAAAUCACUGAAAGAUUUAAUAGAAGAAUCCAUGAAUGAAUUGCUGCAGAAAUGCUGGAGGAAUCCUUAAAGGUGAUAUCUCUCAAGGAACCUUCGGAGAAAUUUUUGGGUGAAUCUCUGGGGGAAUUCUUGGAGGAAUUUCUGGUGUUAUAUCUGGAGGAGUUUCUGGAGGAUUUCUCUGAGCAUUCCCUCAAAAUACUUCUGUAGGAAUUAUUGUAGGAAUUUAUGGAGCAAUUCCCGGAUUAAUUUCCUUUUUUUCUGGAAAAUCCCUGAGAGAAUUGCUGGAAUAAUUCUGAACUGCUGAUGAAUUUCUCUAAGGAAUUCUUCAAGAAACUGCAGUAAAAGUUUCGUAAAGAAAUAAUGGAGAACUUCCUAGAGAAAUUACUAUCAGAUUCCCUUAAAUUAACAUUCGGAGGAUUUCAUGAUCAAUUUGUCGGAUUUCUAAAAGUUAUAUAAUAAUUGAAAAAACUGUGGGAGAAUAUCAAGACCAACAAUUGAAAAGGCCACAUCAACAUUGCGUAAACAAACAUGUUUCUGUCGACUUGAGGCCUUCUGAGAUCCACCCACGCAUCUCACCACCACUAUCAGAAAGCUUGUUGUUUGCGCUUUCUGUUGGUGGUGGUGAGGUGUGUGGGUGGAGUUCAAAAGGCCUAAAGUCGAUAGAAACAUGUUUGUUUACAAAAUGUUGUUGUGGCCUUUUCAAUUGUUGGUCUUGAUAAGUGCUUUACUUCCCGAGAAUCCAUGAAUAUUGUAUGUACUGUUUUGAAGAUUUUAACAGUAAUAGGCAAAUAAACAUAAACCUUGACGCUCUUCUAUAAAUGUUAUGUACACAUCCCAAACACAAUUUCAAAUGGCGCAAACGAAAAAAAAAUGCAAUUGUUGCGGAUUCUGGUCAACCCUAAGGUCAACCUGUUUUUUUUUUUAACUAGAAGUUCUUAUCGAACUUCUUCGAAAAAUUGCUUUGAGAAAUUGCUGCAGAAAAAAACAAUCCAAAUCCCGAUCAGGAGAAGCCAGAGGAACCAAAACAUUUUGUUAUUAUUUUCCUCUUGCUUUCUCCAACAGACGACCGACGACAGACGACCAGACGUCCAAAACAGAAACGAAAAACAUUCGUCAUUAUCAGCCACUCUCGUUCGAGCUCACAACUACCAACACGCGACGCAAAAUAUGCUGCCCACCGUGCAGCUACCGGGCGUUCCAAAUAUCGUUGAUAACGAUAUUUGCUGUCCGCCCGGUCGCACCCCGGUUUCACCCCGGGCACUGCCCGGUUGCCGUAGUGUGAACGCUUCCAUACAUUGUGUAUGAAAGAAAUUCGAAACAUAGCCCGGACGGGCCCCGGCGGCGGCCCGGCCCCGGUCCCGGCCCGUUGGUGUGAAUAGCCCUUAAAGGGCAUACCGGUAAGUCGAAUGACAACCAGAAGAAGAUCGUUGAUUUAAAGGAUCCUAGACAAUCUGUAAAAGGGGGAACAGAUCAGGCAGGGCCGUCCAAAACGGGGAACGUGAUGAACACUGACAAGAUGCCGUUUAUAGAUCCCUCGCGCAGUCGCAGUUCCGUUAGUGGUCAAAAUUCAUGUUCCGAUAGUCAUAAAAGUGGUGAAAGUUCAAAGAAAGGUGGUAGUAGUGAGACGAAAGGUUCCAAGCGGGACUUAGCAAUGCAACGAAUUGAAGAAAUGAAAGAGAGAAGUCGUUUGGAGGCGCUAGAAGAAGAAACCCAGCUACAAAUGUUAAAGGUAAAGCAGAAGCAGAUCGAGCGUCAGAGGCGCGAGUUGGUAGAGUUACAAAAACUUUCUAAGUUAGUUGAAGAAGAAUCCGAGUGCGAUGAAGAACUUGAAGAACUAGCCAAGAGUGAUACUAGCUACAUCGAUAAGGUACAAGGAUGGAUGAACUCAUGUAAUGCGGUCCAACCUGGUAGGUCGAGACGGUCGAAUACCGCUUCCGUCAGUCAAUUCUCAUUGUUGUUACCCGAGGCUAACGUGAAUGAAAUAAGGCGAAGGCAUCAAACACAGCAAAGGAAUUCCAGCAUGGUAGUGGGGCCAACGGCGCUUCAGAUUGCUUCUCGACAGGUGUUCCCGAGAAAUCUGCCCGCUUUCGCAGGUCAACCGCAAGACUGGCCGCUGUUCAUAAGCGCCUAUGACCAAGCGAAUGCAUCGUGUGGAUUCACCAAUGCAGAAAACCUCGUCCGUCUUCAACAAUCGUUGCAAGGAAAGGCAAUAGAAAUAGUUCGGAAUUUGUUGCUGUUACCCGAGAACGUGCCAACGAUCAUCGAGAAGCUUCGUCGUCGCUUUGGUAAUCCUGAGAUCUUGUCAACGAUGCUAGCACAACGAAUUCAGAAACUCGAAGGACCAGAUUCAGAUAAUUUGGAGUCUGUGAUCGAAUUUGGGAGUGCAAUCGGUGAAUUCAUCCAACAUCUAGAAGUUUCGAAACUCAGCGACCAUUUGAAGAACCCUAUAUUAAUGCAGAGCCUAAUCCAAAAGCUGCCACCAUGUUAUGCCAUGCAAUGGGUUGAUUUCAAACGAAAUUCCCGAGUGGUUGACCUGAGGACCUUCGGAAAAUUCAUGGAGGAUCUGGUUGAUAAGGCAUUAGAAGUGACAUUUGAAAGGAUUGAGAUAGGCUCAACAAGAAGGCGUGAAAACCGAAGGCCAAGGUUUACACUCAUCUAAUGAAAGACGAUUGUGAGGAAAGCGAUGUCAAAAGUAAUAUGUCCAAAAAAAUACAAUCACCAUCGGUACAGAUUUCUUCAAGAAAGGACUUCAGUUGCUCUAUCUGUGAUGAACCGGGUCAUUUGGGACGGGAUUGCCGAGAGUUCCGGAAUACAAGUGUGGAGCGUAGGUGGAUGAUAGUGAAGCAUAUGGGCCUGUGUACGCUUUGCAUAUUCAACCACGACAAAUGGCCUUGCAGAUCUAAGGUGCGUUGUGAGGUCGACGGAUGCAAUGGUUUACAUCAUUCGCUACUGCACCCCCCGAUGACAGAAGGCGCCAAUAUGGAGGCAUGUUGUAACAGUCACACUCUGCCGAGUAAGACAGCUUUGUUCCGCGUAAUUCCCGUUACGUUGUAUGGAGAAAACAAGAGAUACAACACGCUCGCCCUGGUAGAUGAAGGAUCGUCUACGUCACUGAUCGAUAAUGAUAUAGCUGAAUUCCUGCAGUUAAAUGGGCCUCGAGAACCAUUUGAAAUGCGUUGGACAAAUGGAGUUAGUCGCACAGGAACUCAUUCAAGAAAUGUUGAGAUGAAGAUUACCGGAUUCGACCAAAGAAAGGAUUGUGAACUAUGCGUGGCAAGGACAGUUAGCAAGCUAGAUCUUCCGGCCCAACAGUUGGAUGCAGAUAAGCUGAUCGAAGAAUUCCGACACUUGGAUGGAAUUGAAAUUCCGAGCUACAAGCUAAAUACGCCGAAGUUGUUGAUCGGGAUUGACAAUAUGCACCUCAUCGCACCUGUGGCUUCGCGUAUCGGAGAAAAGGGACAGCCAGUCGCUGUUAAAUGCAAGUUGGGAUGGACAAUUUAUGGACCGAGACCGAAUAUACUGUCAGAUGUCCAUUUCCUUGGCCAUCACCGAUGCGCGUGCGAGGAGUGCAGUAAAGCUGAUCAAGACUUGAAUCAAAUGUUACGUGAAAAUUUCCAGCUUGAAGCCGUAGGUGUUUCGCCCGUGCGAUUGGAAUCAAAAGACGAAUGCAAGGCUCGAGAGAUUCUCGAAAAGACGACAAAACGAAUUAGUGAUCGGUUUGAAACUGGACUUCUUUGGAAAGAUGGUGCACCAAAAUUUCCAAGCAGCUAUGCGAUGGCGUACAAGCGGAUGAAGAACCUAGAAUCUCGAUUGGAUCGGAAUCCGAGAAUCCGAGAAGAACUGCAGAAGCAAAUUGACGAGUAUGUGUCCAAGGGUUACGCGCAUAAGAUCACGGAACGUGAGAUGUCGGAGACACCGCCGGAGCGGUGUUGGUACUUACCCUUGAACUACGUCGUCAAGUCAAAGAAACCUGGAAAAAUAAGAAUGGUGUGGGAUGCAGCAGCAAAGACAAAGGGUGUUUCGUUCAACGAUAGCCUUCUGAAGGGACCGGAUCUGGUUGCAUCAUUGUCUGGAGUAAUCAACGGCUUUCGUGAGCGAAAAGUGGCAUUCGGUGGUGACAUCCGAGAAAUGUUUCACCAGAUUUUGGUGCGACAGGAAGAUAGACAGGCUCAACGUUUCUUGUUUAAGUCAGAUGUCAACUGCGAACCGGACACCUACGUGAUGGACGUGGUUAUUUUUGGUGCAAGCUGUUCUCCAUGCUUGGCGCAGUUUGUCAAGAAUCUCAAUGCCCAAGAACAUCUACAAGAGUAUCCAGCAGCGGCUGACGCUAUUAUUCGUAAACAUUAUGUUGACGACUAUUUCGAUAGCGUAGAUACGGAAGAUGAAGCGAUAGUACGAGCCAAACAAGUUAGGAGGGUGCAUGCAGACGCUGGCUUCGAAAUACGGAACUGGAUGAGCAAUUCACCAAUAGUUUUGGAAGAACUCGGUGAAGUGGAUUCAAAAACAGCAAAGUCUCUUGAUGUAAUCUCCGAUACAGAAAGAGUCCUGGGAGUCAUGUGGCGAACGGACAUUGAUUCAUUUGUAUUCUCCACCGAAUUCAGGGAUGACUUGAGGCCUUACAUUCAAGAAGGAGCCUGGCCCACAAAACGAAUCGCUUUGCGUUGUAUCAUGAGCAUGUUCGAUCCGAAGCAAUUCCUGGCGCCGGUAUUGAUUCACGGUCGAAUCUUGAUGCAGGACUUAUGGCGAAAUGGCAUCGGUUGGGAUGAAAAAAUAGGGCCGACACAUUACGAUCGUUGGCUUCGAUGGACAGAGUUGUUUCCGUUAAUAAAUAAUAUAAGUAUUCCUCGAUGUUAUCUCGGAAGACUGAGUUCAACUGCAUAUGGGGCCAUGCAACUGCAUGUAUUCACGGACGCUGUAGAGGACGCUUAUGGGUGUGUAGCCUACUUCCGAUUUGCAGAAGAAGAAAAUGUGCACUGUGCAUUCGUGGAGGCAAAGGCCAAGGUAGCACCUUUACAAUACCUGAGUAUUCCAAGGAAAGAAUUAGAAGCAGCCGUGCUAGGAGCAAGAUUACUGAAAGCGAUAUGUGAAAAUCACUCAGUAGCAGGCUUCCCAAAAGUACCGCAUCAUGAUAGCAUUUUGAUGACUGUCACACUCUUAUUCCCAUGACAGCCUUGUGAAUGCAUGGUUCAUGACAGCCCACAGAAUAAAACUCAUGCGACCUACAACAUCACUGUCGGGAACUGCUCACAUCGUCUGCUUUCGCUGUACGUUCGUUCGCCGAUGACAACCUCGGCUCUAGCCCAAACCGUCUCUCGUUGGCUGGACACGAAGUGACGAAAAUCGCUGCGCUCGGCCCGAGCAUUUUACUUCUGUUGAACGUGUCGAGUAUCGUGGUAUAUCGCACGCUCAAAAUUAUCGACGCGUUUCAUAUAUUAUGUAUUUUUUCAAAUAGAGAAUAUGUACCUGUAAGUCUUAUUCUAGUAGAGUAUUUUGCAUAGCAUUAUUUUUUAUUGGCAUGGGAAAUGCACUGCCAUGUUUUCAAUAUAAAAGAGAGUUGAAUCUCACAUCAGUGGUAUAUUUUAGCCAGAUUACAAUUUUAACAAACGCUGGCACAAACUUUUUUUCGCCCCUGGGGCAUCUUGUGAAAGGCAAUGAUAAUGUUUGUAAAAAAAUAUUUAUUGAGCACAUAUUUUGUGAAUAACUUUUAGCGUUAAGCCAUGUGCUCCCGUGACAGCCUAUGACACCCUUUACGCGACAGCCGGCUUGGUAAGCCGAAGAUUGUCAUCGCCAUGCGGCCAACAAUACUGACGACGUUUCCCACUCGGCUCGAUACGACUCAAGUAUGCAACUGUCAGGCAAGCAGCCGAAGCAGCGGCUGUUUCAAUACAUCUUUCGCUCAUGCGUGUGCGUGCUGUUGGCGAUACAUUUCUCACUGAUGGUGUUGCACACAGUAAAGAGAGAUGGUCUGCACACAUAAGAGAGUGUCGACUCAGCCUUGCGCGGGCUGUUGCGAGAAGGAAAGCCUGCUCAGUAGAUACGAAGAAACGUUUUCUAUGGACCGAUUCUAACGCAGUUGCAUCGUGGGUGAAAUCGGACGUGAGGUGGUAUAAACCAUUCGUAGCCCACAGAAUUGGUGAAAUAUUGAGUAUAGUGGUAUUCACGUUCAAAUGUGUGCGUGUCUCUUUUGUAGAUGUAGUUGUGAAACUUGGGGGAAAAUAUAUGCACUCUUACCCCGGUUGUUAGUUUUAUCAUUAUUUAGCCGUUUUACCCAAAUCAAUUGGGUAAUAUUUGCAUAUGCAAUCUGAAUAGCCUUUGAAUUAGCGUGCAUUUUUGUGUAUGGAAAAAUUCACGCUAGUGUUCGUGAGUAGAAAUGUCACUUAUCUCUAUUACAAGUCCGAACGACUGGCACUGGGUGCCCACAAAAUUCAAUCCUGCAGAUGACGUUACCAAGUGGGGACAGGCGACACAAAUAAGUUCCGGUAGUCGAUGGUUUUGUGGUUCGGAGUUCCUGAACAAAGCUGAAAGUGACUGGCCUGUGCAAAAAUGGAAGCCGGUUGAAAUAGAAGAAGAACUACGAGCUAGUGUGCUACUUCAUGACAUUGUUUUGCCAGAUGUGAUGUUACCCAGGAUAAAACACAUUUCCAAGUGGAAGGUUCUUGUAAGGAUGGUCGCAUCAAUGUACCGUUUCAUUUCAAAUUGUCGGCGCAGAAUUAACAAACUACCAGUCGAAGCGCUGUCAACAUUGAAUAAAGGACCAACGAAGAUUCCAGGAGAGCAGAUUCCGUUGCGACAGGAGGAGUACCAGUUGGCGGAAAAUUUUAUUUGGCGUGUAGCACAAGCAGAAGAGUUUGCAGAUGAGGUGAAAACAUUGAUCAAAAAUCAAGAUUCAUCCACUACCCAGCGAAGAAUGGUGGGCUUCGUGGCCGAGCGGUUAGCGGCGUCAGUCGUUUAGGUGUCUCGUAAGCCUCGGAGUGUGGGUUCGAUUCCCGCUCCAGUCGGGGAAAACUUUUCGUCAAACGGAAAAUUCUCUACUGGGCCACUGGGUGUUAUAUGUGAUGUCCGUUGUCGAAUGUUUGUACUGUUCAGUCUGUAGAGGCCGCAAGGUCGAAGACGGUGUAAUUGUCGUUUUUUUUUUUUUUUUUUUUUUUUUUUUUUUAAGAAGAGCAGUCCUUUGUAUCGGCUGUCUCCGUUCUUAGAUGAACACGGAGUCAUACGGAUGGAAGGAAGAACUGCAGCGGCCGACUAUGCAGCGUUUGAUGUACGGUUCCCGAUCAUUCUACCGAAGGAGCAUCUAAUUUCCAGAAAACUGGUGGAGCAGUACCAUCAACAAUGUGGUCACGGUAGUCGAGAAAUGGUGGUAAACGAAGUCCUUCAGCGGUUCUACAUUCCAGGCCUGAGAUCUUUGGUUGAAAGAGUAGCACGAGAUUGCGUUUGGUGCAAAGUUCAAAAGGCGAAGCCUGUGGUUCCUAGAAUGGCACCGCUUCCAAUGUCUCGGAUGGCUGUGAGCGAACGUCCAUUCUCAUACGUGGGUUUGGAUUACUUUGGUCCGGUGGAGGUUGUUGUCGGACGAAGACGAGAGAAACGAUGGGUAGCAUUAUUUACGUGCAUGACUGUGCGUGCCGUGCAUCUAGAGCAGGUCUACAGUUUAACAACACAGUCGUGUGAAAUGGCGAUUCGCAGGUUUGUGAAAAGGCGUGGAACCCCAGUGGAGAUUUUUUCCGAUAACGCGACCAAUUUUGUUGGGGCUAGUCGAGAUUUGGCCGAACAAAUACGAUCCAUAAACUCGGAAUGUGCCGAUACGUUCACUGGAGCCAGGACAAAGUGGACGUUUAACCCGCCGUUAGCACCCCACAUGGGAGGCGAUGCAUUCGCUUGUUCAUAGGCGCUUAUGAACAGCGGCCAGUCUUGCGGUUGACCUGCGAAAGCGGGCAGAUUUCUCGGGAACACCUGUCGAGAAGCAAUCUGAAGCGCCGUUGGCCCCACUACCAUGCUGGAAUUCCUUUGUGGAGGUUCUACCGAGAAUGAAUGAAUGGUUCCUUUAGUUUGAGCGUGUACAGUUUUUACUUUCACUAUCUCACGCCCUUUGCAAAACCAGCACGAAUCGUUUCUUUCGCAUGUUUUUGUGCUUCACGUUCACGAAUCUGAAACGUGCGGCACGUCCUUCUUUUUUUUUCUUGGAAAUAAUGGUAGUCUUACAACAAAUUAUUACAUAAUUUGAAAAUUAAUUUAUGAAUUAGAUAAUUGAUAUCACAUUUGCCAUGAAGCAUUAGACAAGGUGUUAUAGAAACUCAACCAUUAUUGAGAGGUGCUUCGUAUGACGGUAUCUAGUCGCACGCUAAUAAAUUCAUCGAUAAAAUUAAAUUUCUGCAGGAUUGCAUUUUGUGGGCACCCAGUGCCAGUCGUUCGGACUUGUAAUACUCAAUAUUUCACCAAUUCUGUGGGAACGUGUGGUUCGAUCUGUUAAGGAAGCAAUGGAAGUAUUCGCGCAUGGAGAAAAAAUGACAGAUGAAAUUCUGCAGACAACUCUGAUAGAAGCAGAAAAUCUGAUUAACUCACGCCCGUUGACGUAUGUUUCUACCAACGUGCAAGAAGACAAGCAGGCGCUUACGCCAAAUCAUUUUUUGAAGAGUUGUUCUUUGGUGGAUUGUAUGCCAUCAAGAAACUCAACAGAGCUGGCUGAUAGACUACGAAGCAGCUAUAACCAAGCACAGUAUUUAGCAGAAGAGCUAUGGAAGCGUUGGCAAAGAGAAUAUCUUCCUAUGAUGAAUCGGAGGACGAAGUGGUUCGACGAAAGGGCACCGGUGGCUAUUGGAGACCUAGUCUAUGUUGCAGAUUCAGAAAAGCGGAAGACGUGGGAGCGUGGAGUAGUUUAAGAAGUGUUUGCAGGAAAUGACGGAAGGAUACGGUCGGCAAUGGUGCGCACUAGCACAGGAAUGAAAAGGCGGACAAUAGCGAAACUAGCAAUAAUGGAGAUCGGAAGAUAGAAGUGGUAAGCGCAGUGAUGAUCAUGAUCAACGACAGGGCUUACGGGCCGGGGAGCUGUUACGCCGGGAUAGAAAGGGUGUGAUAGGUGAACGUGACCUUCAUAAUGUGCGAUGACAAGCAGUCUGUCAAUGACUGCCUAAACCGAGAGCGCAGACAUGUUAGAUGUGUAUAACUAAAAUUAUUGAAGUGAAUUGAAUACGAGAGAAUUUGUUGACUAGAUAUUCUAACUUAUUAGGCUGAAAAUAGAAGGUAGUACGUUAGUUCUUAGUAUAUAUUCACAUUUAAUUAAAUAUUUACUGCAGGCGUAUAAUUGUUGCUGGGAAAGCGACGCUAAAAUCCUCGGUUAACGAUAGCGAACGAGUUGAUAUUUAUCGGUAUAUAUUGUAGGGAGAUUGGAUUGUUCGGAGGCUGGAUUGUGUAAUUGGAAGACUAAGUUUGUAAGUUAUGAAAAUGAAUUAUGUAUUAUGCCGCAAUUUGAAUUCAAUAUAUUUUUAGUUUUGAGUGUGUCGACCAACAAUACUCCAAGAACAGGUUUUCGAUAUGCUGCCCCGAACUCCUCCCAACAUAUGGCAUCCCUGCUCCGGAGAUUCAUCCUGUAAUUGUUUCCGGGAUUCUUCCAAGAAUUCCAUGAGUAAUUUCUUCAGAAAUUUAUCCAGGAAAUUUUCAUGGGCUUCCUCCAAGGAUUUUUUCCAGAGACUCCUACAGAAAUUCAUCCAAAGAUUUCUCCAGGAAUUACUUUAAAAGAUUCCUCCAAAAAUUCCGCCAGGAAUUCUCACAGGCACUCUUCCAGGAAGUUUUCAAUGCAUUCUUUCAGAGAUUGCUCCUUGGGUGCUUGCAGAGAUUUCUGUAGAUUUUUUUUUUCAGCGAUUCCUCCAGGAAUUGCUUCAGGGACCCCUCAAAAAAUUCCUCCAGGAAUUCCCCAGGAGUUCUUCCAGGAAUUUCUCCUGGGAUUGCUUCAGAUAUCCAUGCAGGCAUUUCUCCAGGAUUUCAGCCAGGAAUUUAUCCAGGAUCUCUUCGAGGAAUUACUCCAGAAAUUUCUUCAAUGAAUCCUCCAAGAAUUUCACCAGGAAUUAAUCAAGGAAUUCCAUCAUAAAUUAUGUCAGCAAAUCAUCCAGUUAUUUCUCUAGGAAAUCCUUCAGGGGUUCCUUCAGAAAUUCUUGAAGGAUUUUCUCUAGGAAUACCUUCUAGAUUCUUUUCAGGAAUUCCUCCAGGAAUUCCGCUUAAAAUUCCUGCAGGAACUUCUUCAGGAAUUUUUCCUGGGAUUUCUCCACGAAUAUCUCCAAGGAUUCUCCCAGGGAUUUCUUCAGAAAUUGCUUCGAGGAUUUCUCCAGAUUUUUUUUCUAGAAAUUCCUUCAGCAAUUUCUCAGGAGAUUUUUCAGAAAUUUUGCCCAGAGUUGCUGUAGAGAUUCCCCGAGCAAUUCAUUCAGCAAUUGUUGCAAGAAUUCUAAAGAUUCCUCCAGCAAUUCCCAAAGGAAAACAUCCAAGAAUUUUGCCAGGCAUUCCUUCAGGAUUUUAUCCACGAAUUCCAGGAAUUCUCCAGGAAAUACCUCAACAAUUUCUUCAGGAAUUGAUCCUGGAAUCGCUCCUGGAAAUCCUUCAUAAAUUAUGUCAGCAAUUUCACCAGAUUUUUUUUCCAGAAAAGCUUCUGAGGAUUUUUUUCAGAAAUUAUUCCAGGAAAUUCUCCACGAAUUUCUCCAUGGAUUUUCCCAUGGAGAUCCUUCGAAGAUUCCUUUAGGAAAUCCUCCAAAAGUUCCUCUAAUGAUUCUUCCAGCAAAUCCUCUAGGGAUUUCUUCAAAAACUCUUCCAGGAUAUUCUCCAGGAAUUUUUCAGGGAUUCCUCCAGGAGAUUACUGCAGGGAUUUCUUCACAACUUUUUUCAAGAAUUUCUCCAGGAACGCUUCCAGAAAUUCCACUAGAAAUCCCUCCAGGAUUUUAUCAAAAUAUUUUUUCAGUAAUAGAAAAAUAAAAGAAUUCCUCUGGAGAUUCCUCUAGAAACUUAUCCAGUAAUUCUUACAUAAAUUCGUCUAGAGAUUUCGAAUUUACGGUGUGAGUUAUUUUCAUGAAAAAUCGUGUAAAAUCCGCUGAAAAGUGAACAUAAAGCGUUCAUUCUGUGGAACUGUAUAAGUUUUGAGUGUCAGGCCUGGUGUAUUAGCGUAUUUGGAAGCUGUAGCAGCUGGAAAAAAUGUGUUUUGAUUGGGCUUGUCAUAAGUGAACAAGGAGCUACACGGCGAAGCCAAACGGUGUUUCUCCAGUCGAAAAUUUCCAGUUUGUCGACAAUAACCGUCAACGGAGGUAAAACCUGAAUGAUUUCGAACGCCUUCACCAUCGGGUCUCCCAGCAACUCCGAGAAUAUCAGGAUCUGAUGGACAUCAAGAUCUCACUGAACAAGCUGCAGUCGUCCGAGGAAGUCUGUAUGAACACCACCCCCGGAAGCCAGACCAUCAUUUUUCAGACAUCCUCGAGUAGCAUCUGUGCGGCCUGAACGAGCUCGCUGCAUAAUACACCGCAGCAUACCGCCCCCAAACGCGAGCGUACCAAGCUGGAGGAAUCGUAUGAGUGCAGUGUGUUGCACUUCUCAGUCAAUUCAUCCACCAAGGGAGACAUCAUAUCAAACAAGAAAUUUGGUGAGUUCGUUCUGAUUUGAUGUAUAAAUCAUGAUCAUGGUGAUUUCUUUGGAACCACUAAACCCAAAAAUAAGAGUCGCAUUACUUACGUAAAGUGAAUCCUAGACCAUUCCCUUACCAAAAAUCCAACUCCUUGCUAUUUACGAGGGCGUCGGUGAGUCGCUGGCCUCUCGUUAAAUAGAUGUCCUUCCAUCCUAACUAACCUUUCCCACCGUCAGGUAGCAUCCAUUGUGUUUUUUUUUCGUUUCAGAGAGCGAUCAAUGGCGCUUAAGCCUAGGCUUGUUAGCCAGGAUACAGUGAAAAUGCCUGUGUCCCAUCCCCGGAAGCAAAAAGGCCCAUGGAGUGACAAAAUCUUUUAGCUACGUCACUCCCAACGUUGGUGUUAUACUAAAACACUUACACUCACACUAACACAUCUACAUGAUCUACUCAAAUACACUUAUACAAUCUGAAUAUUGUCGCUUCACUCGCUUAUAGUGAAUCCCAAAUUAACUCAUUCCAAAAAUCCAACUCCUUGACACCUAUGGGGGCGUCGGUGAGUCGCUGACCUCACCUUAAGUAGGUGUCAUAUCAUCACAUCCUUUCCUAUCCUCGUAACGGAGAAGAUGGGCGUGGCCGGCAAUGGAAGUUUUCGUGUAUUUUUUACUUCAAUCUCUGAUUGGAUAACUGUUCCUUCCCAAACAGCAUUCCAUAAGCAAUUAGAAUAGAAGUAUUAAAGUUUUAACAUGACAACUUUCAGUAUGCAAUCUACGAAUUACUCCGUUACCACGCAACGCAACGCAACGCAACGCAUAAAUUCGUCUAGAGAUUUCUCCAGUAAUUUUAUCAUUGAUUCCUCCAACAAUCCCACAGUAAUCCCUCUAGGAAUUUCUCCAGGAUUUUAUCUAGGAACUUCUCCAGGAAAUCUUCCAUGAAUUCCUCCAAGAAUUAUUUCAGGAAUUGCUCUUGGACAUCCUUCAGAAAUUAUUAACCUUCUUCGUGCAUUAGCUUGCGCUUACAUCGCUGACCUAGUGAACGUUUAGGGGUCAUAAUGACCCCAAUGCACGACGAGGGUUAACAAUUCCUCUAGGAAGCCCGCCAGGCCUUUCUCCAUGAAUUUCUCCUGGGAUUCCAUCAGGAGUUGCUUCAGGAAUUUCUCCAGAGAUUUAUCCAUGAAUUUCUCCAGGGAUUAUCCCAUGGAUUCCUACAGGAAAUCCUUCGAAGUUUCCUCCAGGAAAUCCUUCAGAAGUUCCACCAAGGAUACUUCCAGGAAAACCUCAAGGGGUUUCUCAAGAAAUUCUUCAGUAAUUUUUCAAGGAUUCCCCCAGGUAUAUUACUCCAGGAAUUCCUCCAAGGAUUUCUCGACAAAUUUCUUCAAGGAUUCCCCCGGGGUUUUCUUCAGGAAUUCCUUGGAGGAUUUCUCCAGGAAUUCCUCUAGAGACUCUGCAAGAAAUUCCUCCAGGAAUUUCUCAAUGGAUUUACCCAAUGAAUUUCUACAGGACAUCUCUCAUAAAUAACGUAACAAUUCAUCCAGGUAUUUCUCCCAUAAGUUAUGCAGAAAUUUCUCCAUGUAAACUAUCAGAAAUUUUUCCAAUGAUUACUCCGGGAAUUCCUCCAGGGAUUCUACUGGGAUUCUUACAGGCAUUCCUGUAAGAAUUACUCCAUGGAUUCAUCCAGGUGUUUCUUCAGGGAUUUAUCCAGGAAGUCACCCAGAAAUUCCUCAAAUGAUUUCUUCAGCAAUUCCUUUCAGGUUCUGUUCAAAAGUUCAUUCAGGAGUUCCGUCGUAAAUUUCAGAAUCCUUCAAUCAUCUUUUCAGGAAUGUACCCAAGAAUUUCUCCUGGAAUACUUGAUUUUUUUUAAAUUUAUUUCAAGAAUUUCUGGAGAACUUGUUACCAGCACCACGUUAAUUAUUUAGAUCAGGUGAGCUUUUAAAACAUAUUAUAUAUUAUACAAAAUACAACAGCGUGACUGCUGAAGGGUUAAUAAAUGCUUUUAGAUUAAAAUGUUAAAUUUAAUUUCAUCGUAAAGCGUUUAGUCAUAAAAGCUAGUAAGUACAAAUUUGCUAAAGGUGCUUGACACCCCCUCCUCCCUGAUCGAAAAGCUGGCUACGCCCUUGGGAUUGCACUAUAUGUGUGCUUAAGAUUUGUCCAAAUUGAUUGAUUGAUUUAUCUUUAUUUGAGAGACUUUCAGCCCUUGGCUGGUUCGUCUCUUUAGAUUUGUCCAAAAAGCUACUUAAAAAAAUAUUUCCCUGAAUAUUUUUUGCAACUGUUUUCCUAUUGUUGCUGUAGUGUUCCUAUCCUCCAACAUCCCAUAUGAAUUCAAUGGGAUACCGCAAUAAUAGGAACAAAUACCGCAACAUUAGGUACGAACACAAUGUUUUUUCAGAUAAAAACGAAUAAAAUGCUCAUAACAACCUCAAAGUGGCAAUAUUUCGUUAUUUUCCCUUAGAUAAAUGAUAGAUUUUAUUAUUUUCAAUUCAAUCCAUGUAAAAAGUUCGCUUUGGGCGAUACAUUUGUGGUUUAAACAUGAACCCAGUGCUUAAUUCCUCCAUGAUCUGAUCAAUUACCCCUAUUACAGGUCAGACUCUAUCCGGAGUCAGGUUCUGCAGCUCCACAAAAAUAUAUCUGAGUAACAGAACGCUCUACAAAACUGAUUUUUUGUCUGAUUACUAAUCAAGGUUCAGCUUUACACAGCAUUCCGUUUCCCAGAUAAAUGUUUGGGAAGCUUCGGAACCCGACUCCGGAUAAUCGUGUACGACCUGUAUAAAUACGCCGGGAAAGUAAUUCGUAAGUUAUUUGUGAAUUGUUUCUAAAACGGUAGGCUGCUAGUUAUUAAAACUUUUGCUCAGGUCAAGGAAAGUUUGAAAAUCCUCAGAUCAUUUUCAGAAUAUUGGCAGAAGUGAAACAAUUCCUGCAAGGAUUCAAAUGUAUGGCUAGCUUUAUCUUGCAAAUGCAGCAGGUGCGUCAAAAUGACCCUAGAAUUUCCUAAUACAUAGUGUAAUUGUAAUUGUUUUAUUUAUUCAUAACGAUAACCUAUUGGAUGUAUAUAAGGUCAAGGAAAUUAACGAAAAUAUAUAAGGGCAAGGAAUGUAACGAAAAAUAAAUGAUCCAACUAUUG